AUGAAGAUCGCAACGGCGCUUCUACUGGCAAUGACAGUCUUUUCGGCUGAUGCCAAGACACCUCAAGUCCGGGGGAAGAGUGUGGAAGACAAGAGCGUUCCAUUCACCAUUGAAAUUCCAAGAGGGACCAAGUACGAAGAUAUCGACACCAAUGUCAGAAGAAUGCUGCAAUACUCAUCUGUUGACUAUAUGGAUUGUAUGAACUGUGCCUGUGAUACCCAAAGCAACGGCGCACUUAGUGGAAGAACCCCAGGACCCACUUGUACCUGUGAUGAUUCACAGUGUAAUCAAGGAGACACUACCUGGAGCCAAGACGAUCCUGCUCUUUCACUUGACGAAAGCACCCCCCUUCCAACUACCAAUCCAGCAACUCCCGCUCCAACUCCUGCUCCUACUCCCGCACCGACUUCCCGGCUUAUCGCACAUCCAACUGAUGGAAAAGGCAAAGGCGGUAAAGGCGGUAAAGGAAAAGGAGGCAAAGGCCAAGGUAAAGGAAAGGGUAGCAAGAGAAAUUCCAAGAGAUACAGCUCUUACUACAUGAGCAAGAAAGCCGGAAAAGGAAAGGGUGGCAAAGGAAAAGGAGGAUACUACGAUGAUGACUACACCAGUUCCUCCAGUUCCUCAAGCUCUGAUGGUGAUGAUUGGUACUACUCAUCUGGCAAGGGCAAAGGUGGAAAGGGUAAGGGUGGCAAGGGAUACCGUGAUAACUACUACGAUGAUGACUACUCAUCGGGCAAGGGUAAGGGUGGCAAGGGAUACCGUGGUGACUACUACGAUGAUGACUACUCAUCGGGCAAGGGUGGUGGCAAAGCUGGCAAAGGAUACUAUGAUGAUGACUACUCGUCUGGUAAGGGUAGUGGUAAAGCUGGCAAGGGAUAUUAUGACGAUGACUACUCAUCCGGCAAGGCCGGCAAGGCAUACGAUGACGAUGAUGACUGGUAUGAUGAUGAUGGUGAUGACUUCAUCGACGAAGGUCCAACUAGUGACUGGGACGACGACGAUAACUACACUCCACCAGCUCCCAUCACUGCACCUACUAUACCAGCUCCCAUCACUAUACCUACUAUACCAGCUCCCAUCACCCCACCAAACCCACCUACGCCACCCCCCACUAUCGAGGAAUUGGAAGAAACCGAUGAUGGCAUCACUGACUUUGACGAUGAUGACAUUCCUGACUUUCCCGCAUUUGGUAAAGCAGGCAAGGCUGGAACAGGAAAAGCCGGUGGUGGUAAGGCUGGAAAGGCUGGUUAUGGAAAGGCCGGAAAGGCUGGAACUGGCAAGGGUGGCAAGGGCGGCAAGGCAGGUGGAGAACACGAAACCUCUGACGGAUCAUGUCCAUCGAAUUGUGAGACAGUAACCUAUGAUUGCAUGAACGAUGGAUGUAACGUAUGGUGUUACUGUCCCGAUCCCGAGUGGGAAAACAUCCCAGAUGCAAUAAUUCCUGGUAAGGGCAAAGGAGGCAAGGGUAAGGCAGGAAAGGGCAAUGGCAAGUCUGGUGGCAAGGCCGCCAAGGGAAAGGCCAAAGGAAAGGCUAGUGGCGGUAAAGCCAAAGGCAAGGCUGACGACUCCGCCCAAAGGCAAUUGAAGCAAUAA